GUACUCUUGAGUGUAUCUCUCUCUAAAACGACAAUUUCUUCACAACGUUUUCCUCACUGUUCUGCUACUCACUACACAGAUUCUCCUUUUUUCUCUAACGAAAAAUCACUCUACAUUUCACUCUCUGUAUAACAGAAAAUGUUUCCUACAAUGACCCCUCCUGUGUAUAUAUAUCGCCUUGCCAUUUUCUGUAUACCGUUUGUUUUAUGAUAUUCAUCGAGUGCUCCCAUAGAAAACGACGACGAUUCCUUUAUGCCCUUUAUUUUUCUCUCUUUAAAGUUUAUGAAAUCAUAGAGAUUAGGAAAAAAAACUACGUUAUUAAGCGUUAUAUUUAAGAGUUUCGGGUUGGAAGAUGGAGAAAAAACCAGGGUUCUUUUCGGGUUUAAAGGAGGGUCUUGUUCGGGGUUUAUCUCCCUCAAGCUCGCGCUCAAAGAGUCCUGGUCUGCUUUGGAGGAACAAGAAUAAUCCUGAGUCUUCGGUUCUAAGAUCUCGGAGUCUGAAACCAGUGGGGGAGACUCUGUCACCAUUGAUUGAGGGUCCGGAUCCGGAUUGCGGGGAAGUUGGGGAUUCGAAACGGGUUGGGUCGGUCGGACAGUGGGUCAUCGGACAAAUAACCCGGAAUCCGUCAGUAUCCACAGGGGCCUCCAAUGGAAAUGGGUACAGUAACAAGAACUCUGAUCUAAGGUUGUUGCUUGGGGUGAUGGGUGCCCCCCUUGCGCCGGUGCAUGUUAUCACCACUGACCAUUGGCCUCAUAUCAGCAUCAAUGACUCUCCUAUUGAAACUUCGUCCGCACAGUACAUUCUGCAACAGUAUACUGCUGCAACUGGAGGGCAAAAGCUCCUGAAUUCUAUUAAGAAUGCUUAUGCCAUGGGCAAGUUGAAAAUGGUAGCUUCGGAAUUUGAAACAGCAACAAAGGUAGUGAAGAACAGGAAUGCUGCAGAAUCCGGAGGAUUUGUCCUCUGGCAGAUGAAUCCUGACAUGUGGUAUGUGGAGCUUGCCGUUGGGGGAUGCAAAGUUCAUGCAGGCUGCAACGGCAAGCUUGUCUGGAGACACACACCCUGGCUGGGGUCUCACACUGCAAAAGGCCCAGUCAGACCCUUGCGCCGUUCUCUUCAGGGUCUUGAUCCAAGAACCACUGCAAGUAUUUUUACUGAUGCCAUUUGCAUUGGUGAGAAGAAGAUUAAUGGGGAAGAUUGCUUCAUUUUGAAGCUGGCUGUGGACCCUCAGACAUUGAGGGCCAGGAGUGAAGGACUAGCAGAGAUUAUAAGGCAUGCACUCUUUGGUUAUUUCAGCCAGAAGACUGGACUUCUUGUUCACGUGGAGGAUUCACAUCUUACUCGCAUCCAAUCUAAUGGUGGUGAUGCAGUGUACUGGGAGACUACUAUCAGUUCUUUCCUUGAUGAUUACCGGCCUGUUGAAGGAAUCAUGAUUGCUCACUCUGGGCGUUCUGUGGUGACGCUUUUUCGGUUUGGGGAGAUGGCGAUGAGCCAUUCGAAAACAAGGAUGGAAGAAACUUGGACAAUUGAAGAGGUUGCAUUCAAUGUUCCUGGUCUAUCACUAGAUUGUUUUAUUCCACCAGCUGACUUGAGAUCAGCUUCCAUCAGUGAAGCUCGCGAAUUCCCUCAGGAAGAAAGGGAAAAGUCAACAAUAUCCCUUGCAGGUCAUCGAGCGAAAGUUGCUGCUGUGGAAAAUUCAUGACAGUGGCAUUGAUAAAAUAGUCUGGAAAAUGAAAAUCUAACCAAACAGUAGGGUCAACUCAUUGCAAUUGUUCAUGUGGAUAGGCAUAUUCCAUUUGAUUAACAGAAUAGGAGUUACAAAUUCCUAGCUCAGUUACUUAAUAAUUUUAUUAUAGUAGUUUUGCAUACCUCUAUUAGUCUGUAUAGUACAUAAUCAUCCACAGGCUUUUCUUGUGCCUUGAUGAAUAGUUUUACUUUUAUUGAAGAAGCCAACUAAAAGGUUGGAAUCGUUGGAUCU